GGAAGAGGAAAGGGCGGUGCCGAGGAGGAGGAGGAGCCCGUCUCGCCGAGGUGGCAGCCUGCUCCGCCCUGCGCUCCUGGCCCCCUGCUUUCCGCUGGGCCAGGCGGAAAUGAGCCGUGGGACAGGGGGUGGAGCCCCUAAGCUGGGCCUAGCGCGGGAAAGGACCAGGGACCCCCUGUCCCCAAGGCCGCCCGCUCGGCACAGUGACCCUGCCAGGGCCAGCUUCGCGAGCCACACCCCCGUCCGCUCCGGGGAGCACGCCCCCUCACGUUCGGCCCCGCCCAUCACGACCCCUUUGGGGCCCAACGACCGCCAGCUUCUCCUCGGUCUGCAGUGUGCGUCCCCGGCGUGGAAGACAGGAUGGUGGGGGAGCUCCGCUACAGAGAAUUCAGGGUGCCCCUGGGGCCUGGCUUGCACGCCUAUCCUGAUGAGCUGAUCCGGCAGCGGGUGGGCCCCGAUGGGCACCCUGAGUACCAGAUCCGCUGGCUCGUCCUCAGGCGAGGAGAGGAUGGGGAAGGGGGCCCUGGCCAAGUGGACUGCAAGGCUGAGCACAUCCUGCUGUGGAUGUCUGAUGAUGAGAUCUAUGCCAACUGUCACAAGAUGCUGGGCGAGGAUGGCCAGGUCAUUGGGCCCUCUCAGGAGUCUGCAGUGGAGGCUGGGACCCUGGACAAAUCUGUGCUGGAGGAGAUGGAAACAGAUGUGAAGUCUCUGAUUCAGAGGGCCCUUCGGCAGCUGGAGGAGUGUGUCGGCACCGUCCCUCCUGCCCCUCUGCUCCACACUGUCCACGUGCUCAGCGCCUAUGCCAGCAUCGAGCCCCUCACUGGGGUCUUCAAAGACCCAAGGGUCCUAGACUUGCUCAUGCACAUGUUGAGUAGCCCCGAUUACCAGAUUCGCUGGAGUGCGGGACGGAUGAUACAGGCUCUGUCCUCCCAUGAUGCUGGGACGAGGACCCACAUCCUUCUGUCACUGAGCCAGCAAGAGGCUGUUGAGAAGCACCUGGAUUUUGACAGCCGCUGUGCCCUGCUGGCGCUGUUUGCACAGGCCACGCUGGCCGAACACCCCAUGUCUUUUGAGGGCAUUCAGCUGCCACAGGUCCCAGGAAGGCUGCUUUUCUCCCUGGUGAAGCGGUAUUUGCAUGCCACCUUCCUCCUGGAUCAGCUGAACAGCAGCACCCAGGAAUCAGGAGCCCCUGCAGAAUUGAGUGAGGAGAAAGGCCGACUGGAUCUGGAAUUCAGUAUGGCCAUGGGCACCUUGAUCUCAGAGCUGGUGCAGGCCGUGCACUGGGACUACACCUCAAGCAGACCAGGCAGCUCGGCACGGUCCCCCUGUUCCAUCUUCCAGCCUCAGGCAGCAGAUGCCAGCCGGGGGCUACCACUCAGCCAGGUCCGGCACUCCUUUAGGAGAAGGUCACGGCGGUUCCGACCUCGAACAGAGUUUGCAAGUGGCAAUACCUAUGCCUUAUACGUUCGGGACGUGCUGCAGCCAGGCAUGCGAGUGCGGAUGCUGGAUGAUUAUGAGGAGAUCAGUGCUGGGGACGAGGGCGAGUUCCGGCAGAGCAAUAGUGGUGUUCCCCCUGCACAGGUGUGGUGGGAGUCCACAGGCCGCACCUACUGGGUGCACUGGCACAUGCUGGAGAUCCUGGGCUUUGAGGAAGACAAUGAGGACUUGAUGGAGGCUGCUGACCACCAGGGGGCAGUGGUCAGCGGAGUCCUGAAUGGAGUGCUACCCUCCUGGCGCUGGAAGCCUAUGACUGAGCUGUAUGCUGUGCCUUACGUGCUGCCCGAGGACGAGGACCCAGAGGAGAGUGCGCACCUGAGCCAGGCUGAGUGGUGGGAGCUGCUGUUCUUCAUCAGGAAGCUGGAUGGGGCUGACCAUCAGGAAGUUCUCCAGAUGCUGCAGGAGAACCUGGACGGGGAGCAUGUGCUGGACGAUGAGAUCCUGUCUGAACUGGCUGUGCCUGUGGAGUUAGCCUGCAAUCUGCUAGAGGCUCUGCCACAGAGACUGGAUGACAGUGCCCUCCGGGAUCUGCUCAACUGCCGAGUCUACAGGAAGUACAGCCCCAAGGCUCCAGCAGGGCAGCUGGCCUACCCACCCCUUCUCCAAGCCCAGGCCCAGGAAGAUGCAACCAGAGCAGAAGAGGAGGAGCCCCGCUCUCAGAGGCCUGGCACAGCCCUGGAGUACCUGGCAGAGGAUUUGGGGCCUGCUGGGCAACUACUUGUGGACCUCGAGAAAGCCCUGGGCUGCACCGGGCCCCAGGAUGGUGAGGUCAGGCCGUGCCUGCUGCAGCUCCAGAGGCAGCCACAGCCCUUCCUCGCCCUCCUGCGCAGCCUGGAUACCCCAGCCGGCAAGGCCCUGCACCUGGCAGCACUGAGAAUCCUGGUGCAGCUGGUGGACUUCCCUGAGGCCCUGUUGCUGCCCUGGCAUGAGGCCUUGGACGCGUGCGUGGCCUGCCUGAAGUCCCCCAGCACGGACUAUGAGGUGCUCCAGGAACUCAUCGUCUUCCUACACCGCCUGACCUCGGGGAGCAGAGACUAUGCUGUGGUGCUGAACCAGCUGGGAGCCCAGGAUGCCAUCUCCAAGGCCCUGGAGAAGCACCCGGGAAAGCUGAAGUCCGUUCCAGAGCUCCGGGAUGCCCUGUCCAAGUGUGAGAAGCACACACACCUCUACUGGAGCCUCACCACCAACAUCCUGGGCGGCUGCAUCCAGAUGGUGCUGGGCCAGAUCGAAGACCACAGAAGAACCCACCAUCCCAUCAAUAUCCCCUUCUUUGAUGUGUUCCUCAGAUAUCUGUGCCAGGGCUCCAGCGUGGAUGUGAAGGAGGACAAGUGCUGGGAGAAGGUGGAGGUGUCCUCCAACCCACACCGGGCCAGCAAGCUGACGGACCGCAACCCCAAGACCUACUGGGAGUCCAGCGGCAGCACCGGCUCCCACCACAUCACCUUGCACAUGCGCCAGGGUGUCUGUGUGAGGCUGCUGACUCUGCUGGUGGCCAGAGAGGACGCGAGUUACAUGCCAGCACUGGUGGCAGUGUAUGGGGGCAACACCACCAGCUCUCUUAACACGGAACUCAACUCGGUGAACGUGAUGCCCUGUGCCAGCCGGGUCACCCUGCUGGAGAACCUGACCCACUUCUGGCCCAUCCUCCAAAUCCGCAUAAGGCGCUGCCAGCAGGGUGGCAUUGACACACGCAUCCGGGGUGUGGAGGUCCUGGGCCCCAAGCCCACUUUCUGGCCGGCAUUCCGGGAGCAGCUGUGUCGCCACACACGUCUCUUCUACAUGGUUCGCGCACAGGCCUGGAGCCAGGACAUAGCUGAGGACCGCAGGAGCCUCCUGCAUCUGAGUUCCAGACUCAAUGGGGCUCUGCGCCAUGAACAGAAUUUUGCUGAUCGCUUCCUCCCUGACGAGGAGGCUGCCCGGGCACUGGGAAAGACCUGCUGGGAGGCCCUGGUCAGCCCCUUGGUGCAGAACAUCACCUCGCCUGAUGAGGACGGCGUGAGUGCCCUGGGCUGGCUGUUGAACCAGUACCUGGAAUGUCGCGAGUCUGCCCACAACCCUCAGAGCCGCGCGGCCGCCUUCUCGUCACGUGUGCGUCGCCUCACCCACCUACUGGUGCACGUGGAGCCCUGCGAGCCUGCAGUAGCCCCUUGGCCCAAGGGUGGAAGCGGAAGCCAUGACUGGGGCUCCACAGCCCCCCGAAGCCUCCCGGGCAGCAUCCUGAGGAACCUGACACGCUGCUGGCGUGCUGUGGUGGAGGAGCAGGUGAACACCUUCCUGGCCUCGCACUGGCGGGAUGAUGACUUCGUCCAGCGCUAUUGUGAACGUGUCCACAACCUGCAGAAGUCUAGCUCUGAGCUGUUCGGGCCUCGGGCCACCUUCCUGCUGGCACUACAGAGCGGCUGUGCUGGGGCCCUGCUGCAGCUGCCCUUCCUCAGAGCCGCACAUGUGAGCGAACAGUUUGCGCGGCACAUCGACCAGCGGAUCCAGGGCACCCGGGUCGGGGGUGCCCAGGGCAUGGAGACGCUGGCACAGCUGCAGAGGUCCCUGGAAGCCGCCCUUGUUUUCUCUGGUCUGGAAGUGGCCACCACCUUUGAACAUUACUAUCAGCACUACAUGGCCGACCGUCUGCUGAGCUUGGGCCCCAGCUGGCUGGAGGGGGCCGUGCUGGAGCAGAUCGGCCCCUGCUUCCCCAACCGCCUCCCCCAGCUGAUGUUGCGGAGCCUUCGCACCUCAGAGGAGCUGCAGCGCCAGUUCCAUGUCUACCAGCUGCAGCGGCUCGAUGAAGAACUGUUGAAGCUGGAAGACACAGAGAGGAAACUGCAGUUGAACUUUGUGCCAGUUCAGGUGGGCCGAGAGACCGGUGGCCAGGAGCCUGAGCGUGAGCAGGAGGAGGACACGAGGGCAGCCGCAACUGCAGCUAUAGCAGAGGAUGAGGAGGAAGAGAACGAGGAUCUCUACUAUGAAGGGGUGAUGCCAAAAGUGUCUGUGCUCGUCCUGUCCCCACGCUGCUGGCCUGUCACCUCCAUAUGCCACACGCUGAACCCCAAAACCUGCCUGCCCUCCUACCUGAGGGGAACCUUGAACCGAUACUCCAACUUCUACCACAAGAGCCAGACCCAGCCUGCCCCAGAGGGAGGUCCGCAUCGGCGGCUGCAGUGGACAUGGCUGGGCCGUGCUGAGCUGCAGUUUGGGGACCAGACCUUGCAUGUGUCCACCGUGCAGAUGUGGCUGCUGCUGAAUUUUAACAAUCUGAAGGUGGUGUCCGUGGAGAGCCUGCUGGCGCACUCAGAGCUCCCCCCUCACCUGCUGCAUCGAGCGAUCGGGCCUCUCACGUCCACUCGAGGCCCCCUGGACCUGCAAGAGGAAGACGAUAUCCCAGGAGGGGUGCUCAAGAUUCGAGAUGAUACUGAGGAAGCCAGGCCAAGGUGGGGCAGUGUGUGGCUCAUCCCACCGCAGACAUACCUGGAGGCGGAGGAUGAAGAGGGCCGCAGCCUGGAGAAGAGGCGGAACCUGCUGAACUGCUUGGUUGUACGGAUGCUCAAGGCCCAUGGCGAUGAGGGGCUACACAUUGACCGGCUUGUCUGCCUGGUGCUGGAGGCUUGGCAGAAGGGCCCGUGCCCGCCCCAGCUUUUGAUCAGCAGCCUUGGCAAGGGAGCCACAUGCAGCAGCACCGAUGUCCUCUCCUCUAUCCUGCACCUGCUGGGCAAGGGCACGUUGAGGCGCCACGAUUCCCGGCCGCAGGUGCUAUCCUAUGCCGUCCCUGUGACCGUGGUGGAGCCCCACACCGAGUCCCUAAGUCCAGGCUCCUCAGGCCCCAACCCACCCCUCACCUUCCACACUCUGCAGAUUCGCUCCCGGGGUGUCCCCUAUGCCUCCUGCACUGACACCCUCAGCUUCUCCACCUUCCGGUAACCCUGGGCUGAGGUUUUAUUUGUGGAAAUAAAUCAAGAAGGAAUUUGUGGGGUCUGUUUGGUG